AAUGGUGGCUCCUGCCCCUCCAGCUGCCUCCUGGAGCAAUCAGUGGGGAACACAUGGGCCUUAUCUAUGGGCCAGCUGAGGGAAGGGCUCCCUGCCAUCCCUAUCAGUGGGGCGGCUCCUGACCUGGGGCUGAGGGGAGCCAGACUCAUUCCUGCUGUGCUGGGGCCAGGGCUGGGGGCAUUGUCACUGCCCCACACUGACCAUUGCAAGGGGAUGCUCAAAGUUCUGGGACCCCUCUCUGCCUGGUGGCUGUGUCAGUGUUGGUGUGACACUGACAGAUUUGCCGGGGUCCAGCCAAGGCCAUCGAGCUGGACAGUUGUGGAUUUUGUUGGAAAAUUGAAGGCAGACGGUGGCAGCAGUCUUACUACUGCCAGCAGGAUCCACAUCCCUCAUCCACUUCCACCAAACUCUCAGCAGCAAUUUCCUCACCAAGGAGAUGCUUGCAGGGCUGAGGGGGACUCAAAAGGGCCAGCACCCUGGAAAAGACUUUCCUUUCACAAAUCUGAUAGACCUUUGUGUUUUAUUUAUUUCUCGAGUUGUGCCUACCCUCCUGUUCCCAGUGGCUUGGCAGAGUGCUGCUGGGGAUGCUGACUCUGUCCUAAACCCCAGGAGUGUGGGGAACAACAUCAUCUGUGGCCAUGGAAAGCAUGGGCAUCCCUUUGAAGAGGUGCCUGUGGAGUGCGGUUUUCCCCAGAGGUGGGUGCCAGACACCCCCCCAUGCUAUGGGGUGCCAAUGCUCUCAGGGGGCUGGUCCUGCCUGGCACAGGGGCUGGGCAGACUGUGGGAGGUCCCUUGGGACAGGGAGCAUCCUGGCUGCUCUGUCCCUCUGUGUCCCGUGACAGCAGUGACCACGGAUCCCCCAAAGCUCGGGGUGCAGAUCUUUAUCGUCCCCUUGUCUGGCUGUGCCACAGCCUGAGCUGGGCGUGGGGUUCUCACUCAGCAUCCCAAUCAUCCCCGUGGCCUCAGGCUCUGGGUGGGAGAGGAGAGUAUGAGAAGGAAUGUGCUUUGGUCUCCUACCAGCUCCUACCAAGGAUAUAAAUGAGGAGUUUUCUUCCCUGCCAUGUCCCGGCCAUGGGAAGGUGGUGAUGGUCAGCUGGGGCCUGCUGUCCCACUGAGGUCAGCCCCUCCACAGGGAAUUAGAGACGGGUAGAAAACUGUCUAAACCCCAAAUAUUUGCAUUUUAAGGGCUUUUCUUAGUAUUGGGGAACGCUGAUGCAGCAGCAGUGUGGGUGGGCUGGCAUGCUGAGAGGGUCAGCUUGGCUUUUUUUUGGAGGGGAGAGGGAAACAAAAUUUCCAUGGUCAAAGAGUUUUGUUUAAAAUAAUUUUUUAAAAAAGCUAAACGAGCAAAUGGGGAGAAUUUCCAGCACUGCUGCAGGUUUCUCUGCCAGCUCCUUGGGGCAAAACAGCCACCCUGAUGCUGAAUGGACCACAAACCUUACAACCACCCCUUACCCUGGUUUGGUGGGUAUAUGGCUCCCAUCUCUGUGUUCCUUUUUUUUUCUCUGCUGAAAGGGAUUUUGGCAAGAAAGGGAGUCCCUGUGGCUGCUCUGCCCUGGAGCAUCCUGGAGGUCUGGGGCUGAGGUAGAGCUGGUGAGAGCCUGACCCAUCUGUUGCCCCCCAUGUCCAUGCCAGGGGAUGCUCACUUGCCAGCUUUUGGCUUUGGUAGCAGCCUGUGUGGAGAACGCUGACUGGGGAACAAGGUGGCUGUGGGCCCUGAUGGCUUCAGGACCAUACAUGCCAGGUAUAGACAGGGGCUGGAAUAAAGGAGAAGUUGGAGGGACUCUGGGCUAUCCCAUCCCACUGCAUUCCCCCUCUCCACACCCAUUUCCGCCAGCUCCUGGGGCAGGUUGAAGCAAGCAAGGAACAGGCACGUCCUGUCCUGCUGGCACAGGGAGGGCUCAGCACCUUGGGCUGCAGGGGCGAGAGCCCUCCGUGUGCCCAGGGGACAGUUCUGGGGUGACACCACACCCCCAGUGCACUGUCCACAGCACAACAGUGUGUGGGUGUGUCCUGGCCCCAUGCAGGGUGGUCUUGGGCAUGGUGAUGGGGCUGGGGGCCUGGUGCAGGUGGGUCAGUGCUGUGGGUGUCACUGGUGCAUCCAGCCCCAGCGGGGAUGCAGAGGGAGUGUGUGCAGCAAUGGAGCCCUCCUUGCACACAUGUGCAUGUGUGCUUGGGCUCACUCAUGCACAGCAUCAAUGUGUGGGGCUGUCCUGUGCUCUGGGCUUGGCCAUGUUCUGCAUCCCCUCACGGCUUGGCAGGUUGCUCCAUGCCCCACAGCUGUACCUUGCACCUCGGGGUGUGCUGUGCUUGGGGAAUGCAGGGGACCAGGGCUCAGUCAGGCUCAGGUACUACCUGAGUGCAAGAAGGAUCAUCGUGGUGCUACAGCAGUUGUGUCAGGGACAGCCAGACACAGGUGUGCUGGGCAAGGGGACUGCCACGUGCCCCCGUGCAGCAGGCACCCAUGGGUGGUGCUGGCCUGGGGCUACGCCAGGCAGGGAAGAGGCUUCUGCACAUGUCCGGGCAAUGCAGCAUGUGUGGCUUUGUGCUGGGGCUGGGCUCUGCUUCCCUGGGGCCAGGGAUACGUGCAGAUCGCCCCAGUGCUGAUGGACCACAGGGAGAUGAGCACCAGGUGGAUGAGCAGGACAGCAGGACUGCCAUGACAUAGCCUGAAGUGACUGUCACAUAAAGGCCAGCACAGCAGAUGUCACAGGAGCUGAUGCGUUUCUUCAGCAGAAGGCAAUGCUAGUGAUGCAGGGGUGCUGCGUGGGGGCCCGCCAUUGGUCCCAUGCGUGCCACGGGGCCAGGAGCAGCCAUGCUGAGGGGUCUGCUUGUGCAAGGUGUGGGUAAUUGUGUGAGAGAAUGUGAGUGCAGAGGGCUGGAUGUGCAUCAUGCACUGUUCCAAGUUAGAUUACAGCAUAUAGGGCAGGAAAGAGUAUGUACAGUGUAUAGGGACAGGGAUACGGGGCUUGGUUAAUGGGGCUGAGAGGAGGGGAGGGCUAGGUGUGCACAGCACCUCGGAUAUGCACAGAGUCCCCACAGACCUCCCUCCUCCCUCAUCCCAUUCCCUCCUCACUGAAAGGGUCACACCCAUUCCCUCCUCCCGGCUCCUCCCCACCAUCCCACCCCAUGACAACAGCAGCAUCCUGCACCUACAGCAAGGUGCAGAGCAUCCACCUGGGGCCCUGGUGCCACUCUGGCUGCAGCAGAAGCGCCCUGCCAGAGGGGCAAAGGGUAGCGGUUCCAAGGAGAGCCGGUGGAAACCAGAAAUCAUUUUCCUUGAAGGGCUGGGAGCCGUGGACAGCCCUGGAACCCAUGAGGAUUCUGGGAUCCAUCUAAGACAAUGCUCUCCUGCCUAAGCCCCCAGCUCCCCACCCAUAUUGUUCCCUCCGACCCCCUGGUCCCGCCCCGGCCCGGGCGCUGCCGCUGUGCCCAGGCCAAGGCUCUGAGCGCCGGGCCAGCCCUGCCCUCUAGUGCCCCGGGAGCUGCUCCGUGCAGGGCUCCCUGGAGCUGAGCCACCCAAAGUCCUCCCAGGGCCCGCAGGGCAGAGCAGGGGCUGACAGGCGUGCCACCCACCCCGCCACUGCUGCUGAGGGGACACGGGGACACGGGGACACGGGGACACGUCCCGGGGCCUCCGCAGCAGCAGCAGCAGCAGCCGUGUCCGCGGGUCAGCCCGGCGGGGUCAGCCCAGCCCGGGUGCGCUGUCCCCGGGCCCUGCGGCACGCAGGCGGUGCGGGUGACAAUCGCCUUCCCGGCACCCCGGGUCGAUAACCGGGUGGCCAAAGCUCUCGGUGGGCCGGGACGGCGUGGGGCACGCCAAUGGGUGCCCGCAGCUGCGGCAGAGGGAGGCAGGCUCUGGAGGCUCUGGUUAAACUGGAACGAGGCGCGGCAUCGUCCCGCGGUCCCUGCCCUGGGGACUCUGACCCCGAGCUGAGGCAGGCGGCGACGAGCGGUCACACAGCCACGGGGACGGAGGCAGCGAGGAGCCGAACAGGAUGGAUCCCACCUUGGAGCUGGCGGAUGACCCCAGGUGAGCGCUGGAGACUCCCGUGCCGCUUUGCAGCCGGGCAAAUCCAACUUUUUGGAUCGCAACUUUGGAUGAUUCGUUCCCUCUGGAAAGGAAGGGAGGCGCUUGGCGGUGAGGCGAAGCAGCCAGGCUCGGACCCUGCGGGGCCGGGUGUCCCCCCGUCCCUGUGGCUCCCUGCAGCACUCCCGGUUCUGCUCCGCAGGUUCUCCCGCCCCUUGGUGGAGAUGCUGAUCAGGAACUUCAGCGUGCCGGCAGCCUGCUUCUCCCUGCCGCCCACCUCCGGGCAGCUGCUGCACCAGCUGGACAUGGCCCAACUCAUCAUCCUGGGCCUCUGCACCAUCAUGACACUGCUGUCGGUUGUGAUCUACGUGGAAGAGGUUUCGUACCUCUUCCGCAAGAUCCGCUGCCCUAUCAAGAUGAAGACCCUCUGCUGGAGCAGCUCAGCCCCUACGGUUGUGUCAGUGGUCAGCUGCUUUGGCCUGUGGUUCCCGCGCUCCAUGAUGGUGGUGGAGAUGGCUACCACGGCGUACUUCGCCGUCUGCUUCUACGUGAUGAUGCUGGUCAUGGUGCAGGGCUUUGGGGGGAAGGAAGCACUGCUCAGCACCCUGAAGGAUGUGCCCAUGGUGCUCAGCACUGGGCCCUGCUGCUGCUGCUGCCCCUGUCUGCCCCGAAUCACGAUGAGCAGGAAAAAGCUUAAAUUGAUGAUCCUGGGGACUUUCCAGUACGCCUUCUUCAAGGCAGUCGCUGUCUUCCUGGGGCUGAUCCUGGCCACCGACGGGAAUUACAACCCUGCUGACAUUUCAGCAGAGAGCGUGGCCCUCUGGAUCAACACCUUGAUUGGUGCCUCUGCCCUCUUUGGGCUGUGGGGCCUGGGCAUCCUCUUCCGGCAGGCCCGGCUGCACCUGGCUGAGCAGAACAUGCAGGCCAAGUUCACCUGUUUUCAGAUCCUGCUCCUCCUGACGGCGCUCCAGCCUGCCAUCUUCAGCAUCCUGGCCAACAACGGCAGCAUCGCCUGCUCGCCGCCCUUCUCCUCCAAGGCCAGGUCACAGCAGAUGAACGUGCAGCUGUUGAUCCCGCAGACCUUCAUCCUGGCGGUGCUGACGCGGAUGUACUACCGCAAGCAGGAUGACAAGCCGGGCUACCAGCCCGUCAGCUUCGCACCCACAGGUGCCAACGUCAAAGCAUGAGCAGGGGGGAAAAAUUGGGGUGCCAAGGGGCAGAGCGGGGUGAGGGGCUGGUCUACCCUGCACAGCCUUCUCCUCCUCCCCUGCCUUUGGGGAGCUGCUGGCAGCAGAAGAGGCAGAAGGGGAAAGAGCAUCUUGGGACAGAAUGAAAGGGUCUGAAACCUAAAAGCCGUAAGUCAAGGGGGUCCAUGGAGCCACCUCCAGCCCUGGGGCUCUUGUCUAGCACUGAGUAAAGAUAAAUUUUUACUAGA